AUGUCCGAUGGAACAAUGAAUCAUUAUAUGUACAUUGGUGCAUCUGCUCGCAAGCCUCUCAAUAUCGCGCAGACGGAAAUUCUGUCAGCGCAACCAGAUAUUGUUCAUAUUUUAAUCGUUGUUCGUUUAUUGGAAGAAUAUCGACCAAUUUUUGUUUUCGGUCAACAUGUGGAGGAGCAUGAAACAACAAUAUUAGUUAUAAUUCCACUAGAUAUUGAAGAAGCUAGACGAAAUAUCAUAGAUCCGAUACCAACAACUGAAAUAAUGCUACUUAUGAAGCCAUCCUUAAUUGUGCCUGUAAAGGAUAUUGAUCACGAAGCUGAUGGGACAAUAUUAUAUGCUCACCCAGGUCAAUGA